UCACAAUCAUUUUUCAUGCCAGUUUAGAAUAAUAUUAUUAAAAAAAAGGCAGCCAGACAGAGGGUGAGCAGACUUUACUGCUAUAUUAUCUCCAAGUCACUGCAACUUUUAAGGGGAGGGAAAACUAGUAGAGGAUCACAACAGGGUAUUGAACAAAAAAAGGUGCAGCUAGCAGUGACUGAAAAAGUUUUACUUUACUGUGUGCUGCUUUUUUAUGGCCUGUUUGUUGGAUUGAAUAGCAGAACAGAACCUGGGCUCCCCUCUGCCAGUGGCCCCUGGACACGGAUUCCCCCUUAAAUCUUAUUGUCCCUGGAGCUGGAGCCCCGUUUCCCCGUGGUUCUGAUUUUGGAGCCCCACCGUAUCUUUUAUUAUUGGAGCCCCGGGAAGCUCUCAGUGGAUGGUGUCAGUAGCGCGCUGGAGCUGAACAGAGGAUCAUGUCUAUGCUGCCAACGUUUGGAUUCACCCAGGAGCAAGUGGCCUGUGUGUGCGAGGUGCUUCAGCAAGGGGGCAAUAUAGAGAGGCUGGGGCGCUUCCUAUGGUCCCUGCCAGCCUGUGAGCACCUCCAUAAAAAUGAGAGUGUUCUCAAGGCCAAAGCGGUGGUGGCUUUUCAUAGGGGCAACUUCAGGGAACUCUACAAGAUCCUAGAGAGUCACCAGUUCUCCCCGCACAACCACCCGAAACUGCAGCAGCUGUGGCUCAAAGCUCACUAUAUCGAAGCCGAGAAGCUUCGGGGGCGCCCCCUAGGGGCGGUGGGGAAAUACAGGGUGCGCAGAAAGUUCCCCCUGCCCAGGUCUAUUUGGGACGGGGAGGAAACCAGUUACUGCUUCAAGGAGAAGAGCAGAAGCGUCCUGCGGGAGUGGUAUGCCCACAACCCCUACCCAUCACCCAGGGAAAAGAGGGAGCUGGCAGAGGCCACUGGACUCACCACCACCCAGGUCAGCAACUGGUUUAAAAACAGGAGGCAGAGGGACCGCGCUGCGGAGGCCAAGGAAAGGGAAAAUAACGAAAACACCAAUUCUAACAGUCACAACACUUUAUCCUCGAUGAAUGGAAGUAAAACAAUCCUGGGAAGUUCAGACGAUGAAAAAACACCUUCUGGAACCCCAGAUCACACAUCCUCAAGCCCAGCCUUAUUACUCAGCUCAAACCCAGGUCUUCAGGUCCUGCAUGGAAUGGGUCACCCACAGGGUCCCAGUGCCAUCCCUGUACCAGGAACAGAUCCCAUGCAUCACCACGCUUUACAGGACUCCAUCCUCAACCCCAUGUCAUCCAACUUAGUUGACCUUGGCUCAUAAGACAGAUGUAUCUAUUUAAUAGAAUAAUCUAAACAAAGACUUAUAUGCUAUCAAGACAUUACACAUGGAUAUUUUACCAAUCUUCCUUUGGCUGAAUAAAAGGAUAGGCAAAUCCGCAGGUAUUGUAGACUGCACUACUAUGUGGCACAUCCCAGUCUUACAUGAGACUUCCAGCUUGUCUAACAGUUUACCAAUGAAAUUACCAACCAUAUGCAUUUCAUAUGAGUUACCAAGAUAUAUAUUUUAAUUGAUUUUCAUAUACAACUUACCUACUAGUAAAUGUAAACGCUUGCUAUUGUGUUGGGCAUCAUAGUAAAUAAGGAUCUAUGAACGAAUCCAGAAGUACAUUUGCACCAGACAACGGAAUAUUGAUGGGAAUCAUUUCCAUAUAUAUUGGGUUAUCCUGUACUAUUUGCAAGACUAACUUUUCCCUAUCUUAUGAAACAAUAUAUGUUGCAGGUGUACAAGGUUCAGUAGCGUAUUGAAAAUAUGUUCUUAUGUUGUGCAAUUUGACAGCGUCUAUAAUCUAUAACAGGUUUAUCUGAUCAAAGGACAUUCAUUUUUAUUACCUAAUUUGAGCACUUUCCAUAAACCCUAAAAUCCCCAUUAUCUGAAGGAAAUUUAUACUUUGCAUCAAUUCUAAUUUAAAAUUAAACAGGCAAGCUGACAUUUUUUCCUUGUUUAUAUUAUGUGAAUAAACCAUUUGGAAAUAUCCCUGCUUUUAUUUUAUAAUAAAAAAAAUAGGAAUAACAAAAAA